AAAACACCACUGAAUACUUUAGAUUGCAUCAGUUCUCUUUAGUUUACGGAGUAGAAUCUCGUUGAUGUGAAUAUUCGUCAUGGUCAGCAAAUUACCCGUCGUGCUUUUCAUCCUAUUUAUUGUGUUCAAAUCUUUUUUUGCUACUGAUAUCAGUGCAUCAAAUGAGGUGGUAGAAGGAUGUGCAAAAGAAUUGGGCGUCACAUUUCCCAUUCCCGGGAAUGAGCUGUUUGAGAAGAUUGUUUGCUUGUCAUAUUGUACUUUCAACAAAAUGGGUUUUGAAAACCAGGCGCUAUCACAUGCUCUUAUAGCAACCAUUGAUCGCAUAGCCGAAACGACAAACGAUUCAGUUACGGCAAUGUCUUUCAAAAACAUGGUGGCAGAAAAUUUUGGAUCACUGAAGAACAUGUGUGCUUUGAGUGGAUUUCAAGCUGGCUGAUUUCAAAGCCACAUCGUCCACAGAGCGUAUAAGUACCGAAUUAUACAAGAACUUAUUCAAUCAUUCAAUUAAUUUCCAAUUAGAACAUUUCUCUCAACUGUGUAAUGUCAAGUAAAUAAAUAUAUCAAGUCAUGGUAGUAUCAUGAUGAUACAUUUGGCUCCAGUUAAAAUUCUUACGAAAAUUUUUAAUCAAUGAAAAUGUUAUUUCGAUCCUCUUGUUGUCUAAUCCACAGUAUUUUUACGGAUGAAGCAUAUUUACAAACUGAGUUCACUUUACUGGAUACUGUAGCAAUAUUAUCUGGGAUUGUGCAAAAAAAAAUUAUGUAAACAUUUCAAAUAUGCAGUACGAACAGUGACUAAACAGCUGGAUUCUGGAAACAGAAUCCAAAAACUCGCAAUUCAUUUCAGAUAAUCUGCAUGUAGAGACGUAUUCUAGCUUGAAAGUAAAAUUCUCUAGUGAUAAAAUGAAUUUACUCCGUUUUGCUUUAGUUUUGAGUUGUGUUUCUUUCGCUUUUGCAGAAAUUCAACCCAAGAAAUCUAAAAUGAUAUUGGAGCACAUGACGAAAUUGUAUCAAAUUGCGCGACCAGUUUGCAUCUUAGAAACGCGUAUCGAUGAGAAAAAAGUGCAAGUACUCGAAUCGGUACAGCCAGUUGACGAUAAAAAUAUCUACUGUUUCGUCGGUUGUAUCAUGAAAUACAUGAAUAUUAUCGAUGAAAAAGGUCGUCUACAAAAAUGGCAGCUAGUGGAUGUGCUUGAUGCGCUCAUGGGUGAUGGAUUAAAUGAGAAUGCCAAAUAUGUUCUUAAAACUGUUGUCAAGCGACUGCAACAAUCGAAGCAUGUCUGCGAAGCUGGCAAAAUAGCGAUUAAGCUCAUGGAAACGAUUUUUUAUCAGAACAUUGAAUAUAUGCUUUGAUUUUUUUCAUGCGGUAAAUCUAUGAUUUUUGGAUUUUUAGUUCGUUUUCGUUUAUCAAAAAACCCAACACAUAAGAUACUUUUAAAUAAAAACGAAUCACUUGAAAUUCACCAUGGAAUGCCACACUCAAAGUUUGUUUUUUUUUCCCAAUCGAGAAAUGUGUAAAACUUUUAUAUUUGUUUUGGUUUGCGUCAUCUGAAGUGCAAGUAUGGUUCAGAUGUGCAAACAAAAAUAUUUCAAAACAUUUGCGAUGAAGAAAAAUAUCAGCGACAGCUGUAUCAGGCGGACAUGACUUGACAAUUUGCGGUUAAGCCAAUUAAAUCGAACAACAUUCGUUUAAAUUGAGCCGAAUUUAAUAAUGAAAAAUGUCAAGGAGGAAGAUCUAUUGAUCCAGUCAAUUGAUAAGUGCUUGAACAAAUUGAAUUUGACUGAAACAGAAAAUAUGGAUAAGCAACAACAAGCCUGCUUGAACGGUUGCAUGUUGAAAGAAUUGAAAAUGAUUGGCGAAGACGGUAAAUUAUUGCCCAAUGGAAUCGAAGACUUCAUCAAGAAUAUUCCAGCAGAAUACCUCAAGGAUCAAUCAGAGCUUAAAGCCGAUUUGAAUAAAAUCGCUCCAGAGCUGCGUGAAGCUAAAGAUGCUUGUGACGCUGGUAAAAUUGCUAAUGAGGCAGUUAAAGAACUUUUUAAAACUGAAAUUGACACUCCUGAUGAGCUUGAGCAAUAAGUUACAAACAAUUUUUAGCCGAGAAACGUAGCAUUUCCGAAACCGACAAUUUAAACAUAUUUUUUGUGCUCUGUUUGCAAACCAUUUUCACUUAAUCACAUAAAUUAAUUCAUUUAAAUGUCUGAUACAGUUAAUA